AUGGCAGACGCCCGUCACCGGAGAGGAGGGAGCAGAGCCUGCUGCCGCAUCCAAGGAUGGUCUCCAGGAGAGUCUCCCGCUUCGUGCGCCGGCGACCAGCCGCAAGGGCCCGGCCUGGCCGCGGCGCACGCAUCCACCCGCUGCCGCGCCACCCCCUCACCCCCGAGCCAUGGCAAGGAAGGCCGACCGCGGCCCAGGUCGCCCACGACCCGCGGCGCCAGAGAUGGAUCUGGACAGGCCGCCGUGACGCAGUCGCCGCCACCAACAUCGAGCCCGCACCACCGUCGCGCCGCCCGUCGCAUCGCCGUCACGCGCCGACGCCGGCCCAUGCCGGCGCGCCGCCGAGCUGCCGCGCCCAGCGCUGAGUGCCACAUCCGGCCGGAGGGGCCGGCCCGCGCCGAAUCCCCCGGCGGAGACGAAACGGCCCCGCCGCCGCCAGCGACGAGCGGACUUCGCCCGCUCGCGCCCUCCGGCGGCGGCGAGGGAGGUGGAGAGGAGGAGGGGGGACCGGCGGCGGUGCAGCUAGGGUUGCCCCCCGACGCCCACGGGAGCGUCGCGGGAGGGAGAGAGGGGAACACCCCAUGCAGAUGA